GUGGCUGAGGGGGCAUUCACAUCAUGCAUGCAGAAGGAGAAGAGAAAAAAACUGAACGAGUGGGAGGAAGGAGUGAUAGUGAUCACAGAGAAAAAAAAUCCCUCUCUUAUGUGUACGUGUGUGCGUGUAUGAGUGUGUGCGGUAGACCUAUUGGCAUACUAGCAGGAGAGAGAGAGAGAGAGAGAGAGAGAGAGAGGGAGGGGGAUAGAGCAAGAGAGUAAGCGAGAGAAAGAGAGAGAACGUGCGUACGAGGGCUCAUGUAAAACCAGAUUAAAAACACAAGAUGGCUUCCUGAAUGGGCUGCUGGAACACAGACGAGAGAGAGACAGAGAAAGAAGAGUGGAGAGAUAGAGAGAAAGAGAGAGAGAGAGAAGAAAGGGAUAGAGGGAUAGGUGAAGACGAGAGGGAGCCGGAGUCUUCUGAUGGGGAUUCGGCCAGCGGACGGAGGAGUACAAACCAAGGCAGCUCAGAGGCUUGGAGGGUGGAAUAUUUUGAAGACAACAGUCGAGGCUGUUUGGGAAAUCCUAAACUGGCAGCUGAGACUGUUCACGAAGUCACUUCAGUGGAUGGCCCCAGAAGUGGAGGCCAGAUGGAAAUUGGGUCACAUGACCGCCUCCAGGAAGGCGCGCUGAGCCUGGAACUGGCCAAUGGGGUGAAUCGCUACAGAAAUGAUGAUGAGGCAUCUAUGGAAACAGAGCAGCAGAGGGCAGGAAGUGUGCCUCCAAGGCAGUGCUGGGUGACAGGACAUGGCAAGGUCAGUGACACCCAACAACAGCAGCCAUGUUGGAACAGCAGCAGUGGUGCAACCCCUGGUGAACCUGUCCACCAUGCAAACGUGGAGGAUGCCCAUAAUCUGGUGGCUUUUUCUGCCAUUGCUGGCUCCUUGCCUCCUUCUUCCUCCUCUUCCUGCCUUCUUGUGCAGCCAAACACAGCCCAGCUAUAUGAGAAGUUCACCCAGGAGAUGGGUGUUGAGGGGGCUCAGGCUAGCCUCUCUGCAGGGGCUCCUAAGGGAAUCCACCAACCUCCAGAAGACCUGACCACCCUACAGACAGCACUGAACCAAGCCAAACAUGGACACAAGCCCCCCAACUGCAACUGUGAUGGGCCUGACUGUCCAGACUACCUUGAGUGGCUGGAGAAGAAGAUUAAGUUGGCAACCAAUGAGGAUCAAGGCACCCACAAGAUUGUCAAUGCUUCCCCACACUCACAGCCUCAUCUACAGCAACCCCUUUUGCGACAUCACCCUCAGCCCCACCCCCAGGUGAAUGGUGGUCACAGUUUGUCUAAUUCAUACUCUCAGCAGCAACAGGGAACUCAAGGCCCUCACCCCGACCAAGUGCCCUGCUCCAAACCCCCAAUACCUUGCUCUCCCCAGGUGCUCUCCAUAGCCAAGGAAAAGAACGUCAGUCUUCAGACAGCCAUUGCCAUAGAAGCCCUGACCCAGUUAUCUGGUACCAGUCCACAAGCUGCUGGCUCUCCAGGUCAAACACCCUACAACAGUAACCACCACCAACAUACCCAGAACCUACCAUCCCAGCCCCACAAUGGCUCUAGCUUGAUUCCACCGUCUUUUGGCACCCACUUAUCAUCUUCACGUUCACAGUCCGUCCCUCCAGGACUACACACCAGCCAGCAGGCCCCAGUGUCCUGUGAGCACCACAGGCCCCAGUCGCAAGGCCAGCCACCCCAUGCCGCCCCUCUCCCUUCCUCUACCUCUCCCUUCCUAGGUCAGGGAAAACCUCCAGGCUACAGCCCUAGUCCACAGCAGUGGCAGCAGAGCUCAGGCAGAGGCUCUGAACAGAGGAACGCAUGGAUGUGUAUGAAGCCUGAGCCCCAGUCUCACUUCGCUGCUGCACCUCACAGUAGCUUAGACCCUAUGUCAGAGCUCAAACAGCUGCUUGGUGACACCAGUGGCAAGUUCAGCAAUGCUCAUUUCAAGCUUCCAGUCACACAGCAGCUCAGCUUAACCCAGAAUGGAGGUAUCCAGGCCCAGGAUAACCCAGCACUGUCCAGGUUAAAGCAAGAGCCAGGGGAGCACUACCAUCACACUGCCUCCAUGGGACAUUAUGGCAUGGCUAAUGGUCAGCAGCAGGGUCAGAACUACCCCGGCACUCCCUUGUCACCUGGCCAAGCAGCCAUUAGUCACUCCACUCAGGCAGCUCUGCAACAGCACCUUCACUACAAGAGGAACCUCUUCUCUAACCACUCCUCUGGCUUUGGAGCACCAGGCCCACGUGCACCUCUGGCUUGCCAAAACUUGAAAAAAUGGUGGCCACAGAUGGAGGCAGAAAGUUUGUCACAUCUGGCCAUCAAACAGGAGCCUAAGGAACCCAAGAAGAGAAAAAGCAACCAUGGAUCUCCUGUCAUAAAAGCUAUGAGUGGGGUGCUUACAGGUCCUCCAUUACCCAAACCCAAGCAGAUAAUCAUCAAGAAGACCAAGCAGAAAGCCUCCAUGCCAACCUUCCUGCCUCAGACUCAGAUCACCAUACAAAAACCACCAGUCCUCAUGAUGGACAGAGCCCUGGCCCUGACCAACCUGCAAGCAGGUUGUCUCCCCUCUCUGCCCCUCCACAGUAACUCCACUCAGGCUGCUGCUGCAGGCCUCCCUGCCCCAGCCCAAUCUCAGGUAUCCAUUUCCUCAAUGACUCCCUCUUCCACUGUUUCUGCUUUGUCAGAAAACACUCCAGCCCUCAUGGGCCCUCUGCCCCCACCUGUGGCCCUUGUAGCCCAUGCUAAGUCAGAAGGAGCGGGCAGCUUGGCCUCCAGUAACACCAGCACCACCAUACCUCUGACCUCUACAUCUCCAUCCAGCACCUCACAAUUACCGAGUCUCAUCAACAUAGACCCUAAGUACGAAGAACUGAUCCGCCAGUUUGAGGCUGAAUUUGGGGACUCAGCCCCAGAUGCAUCCACCAGUCAGUCCAUGGAGGUGACUGCUCCAGCCCCUCAGCUGGGGAAACAGUCCCAGACCAGUCCUCAGGACCUCAGUCCCACAUCAUCAUCCACCUCCCAGUCGGCUCCCUUAAUUCUCACCACUCAAGCCAGCUCCACACCUCAUCCAAAGGAUGAGGAGAUGGAAGUUAAUAGGAAUGAGUCAGGGACCCAAAGUGAAGCAAGCUUGAAUCAGGCAUCCACAGAAAGACCUGUGGCGGAGCAGCAUGAGGGGUCCCUCCAUGUCUCUCUGCAGCAGGAGGCUGUCCUGGAAAAGCAGCAGCAGCCCAGUGUGGUAGAGGAUAAGUUCAGCAUGCCAUGUUCCCCGCUGCCUAAACGCAUGAAGAUUGAAGCUUCGGGUGAUAUAGCAGUACUGUCCACCACAUGCUAUUCUGAAGAGGACACACCCACCAAGGACAGUCUGCCUUCUUCGCCAUCUCUAAGAGGCUUCCUUGAGUCUCCUCUACGCUACCUGGACACCCCCACCAAGAGCCUGCUGGAUACUCCUUCCAAAGAUCUACAGGAAGAAUUCCCCUCCUGUACAUGUGUGGAACAAAUCCUGGAGAAAGAUGAAGGGCCCUACUACAACCACCUGGGAUCUGGACCUACUGUAGCCUCCAUACGAGAUCUGAUGGAGACAAGAUAUGGAGAGAAAGGGGAUGCCAUCCGGAUUGAGAAGGUGGUAUACACAGGCAAAGAGGGAAAGAGCUCGCGAGGAUGUCCUAUUGCAAAGUGGGUGAUCCGUCGUAGCAGCGAGACAGAGAAGCUGCUGUGUCUGGUGCGUCAGCGUGCAGGCCACCACUGUGCCAACGCUGUCAUUAUCAUCCUCAUCAUGGCCUGGGAAGGUGUCCCGAGGUCGCUGGCUGACAAGCUGUACCGUGAGAUCAGCGACACCCUCACCAAAUAUGGCAACCCCACCAGCCGACGCUGUGGCCUCAAUGAUGAUCGUACCUGUGCGUGCCAAGGCAAGGAUCCCGAAAGCUGUGGUGCUUCCUUCUCCUUUGGCUGCUCCUGGAGUAUGUACUUUAACGGCUGUAAGUACGCCCGAAGCAAAAUGCCGCGCAAGUUCAGGCUACAAGGAGAUCACCCUGAAGAGGAGGACAAACUCAGGGAUAACUUUCAGAAUCUAGCAACUGAGGUGGCUCCUUUGUACAAACGGCUGGCCCCACAGGCGUACAGUAACCAGUGUCAGACGGAGUUCAGAGCUCCAGAAUGCAGGUUGGGCUUAAAGGAAGGCCGGCCAUUCUCUGGAGUCACUGCUUGCAUGGACUUCUGUGCCCACGCUCAUAAGGACCAGCACAACCUCUACAAUGGUUGCACAGUGGUGUGCACUUUAACUAAGGAGGACAACCGGAUGGUGGGAGAGAUCCCUGAGGACGAGCAGCUUCAUGUGUUGCCUCUAUAUAAGAUCUCUCCGACUGAUGAGUUUGGCAGCGAGGAGGCCCAAGACCUCAAGAUGCAGACAGGAGCCAUCCAGGUACUUCAGGCUUUCCGCCGUGAGGUACGGAAGUUGCCCGAGCCUGCCAAGUCAUGCCGACAACGCCGUCUGGAGGCCAAGAAGGCUGCCUCAGAGAAGAAGAAAAACAAACUCAUGCAGCAGGCAGGGGAGACACCGGAGAAAACAGUGGUCAAGGCUGAGGUCUGCAUCACAGGUUCUCCUCAAUUCCAAGGCAAUAAAGCAAUUACAAAACAAGAGAUGAAGCCCAACAUCAAGAGGGAGCCCUUCAACGGAUCAAUAGAUGGAUACCCUGUGCAGGCAGCAGACCCAUUCAAUAACAUUUAUCCACACCCUGCCUACUAUGCAAGGGGAGGCCUCCCCCCAGCUGGCCAGCCCUCUGCACCAGACCCAGUAAAUGGUUACCAUCCACCACCCAAUCUGCCCGCAGUGCACUAUGGCUACUACAACUACCCCCCUAAUGCACUUUUCCCCCCUAAGUUGAGAACCUACGAGGGUCGGAAUGGCUCUUUGCCUAAAGCAGGCAGUAAGGCUGUCCAAGUAGACAAGAAGCCUGAUAUUCAGAGCCUCCAGGCCAGACUGGUCCAGUCCUACCCCAGCCACCCAGAGCAAGCCAACCAACCAAACCAUAGCGCUUAUGCCCAGCCUGCAGACUACAACCAGUCCCGUCCUUCCUCUGUCUCUUCUGAGCCCUCCAACAGAGGCACUCCAAUCAUCAAACAGGAGCCUAUGGAUGUGCCAGUCUAUGAAGGCACAGUUCCAAGCCAGGCUGGUGCCAACACACCUAGCACCACCACCCAGCCUGGUGCAUGGCCGGGGCACAAGCUUAAUGGAAGUAUUGUUCCCACAAACUGGGAUAGCCAUCUAAACCAUAAACAAAGUCCUGAAGCCUCAUUGUUGAACCUGGAAAAGCAGCAGUUUCACCAGCACACCCAGCAGCGGCAGUCCUCUCCUUACCCCCAGCACUGGACAUCCUACUCUGGCUCGAAUGCCUCGAUGGCUUCCCCUGCCCCAUCACCAUCACUCCAGGUGCCUCCCUCUCCAUCUCCGUCCCCUCACCCUGGUCCAGCGCUCCCAGGUAACAUAUACCAAGGUUCCACACGCCCUGCCACCCCACGCCCAAGCACCCCUCACCCAGGCACACCACAACCUGGUACCUCUCACUCAGGCUCAGUUACACCACAGCCAGGCACCCCAGGUCCAGGCACACCAGGCCCAGGCACCCCCAGGCGCUGGGCCAGCCCUGCUCCUAGUCCUCAGCCGAAUGCCUGGGCCAUUGGCCCUGCUGCAUAUAGCCCUGGUUUGAAGCACAGCAAUCCUGCAGGAGCCUACCCUGACAAAAUCUGGUCCAAGACCGGGGAGAGUCGGUGUUCUACUCCCCUUGGGCUUCAAGAGAAGGCCUGGAAGUCUUGUGGAGGUUCAGUAGCAGGCAGUACCCCAUCCCCUGCCCCUGAGGGCCGCCUCUUCCCUGAUGCCCUGCAGCAGUCAGAUCAGGUCUGCUGGGACCCCAGACGAGUUGAAAGUGACGUAGAGAGCACCAAGGGUCAGGAAGAGGAUGAGGAUGAGGUAUGGUCUGACAGCGAGCACAACUUCCUGGAUCCCAAUAUUGGUGGUGUAGCAGUAGCACCAGCCCAUGGCUCCAUCCUGAUUGAAUGUGCCCGACGGGAACUACAUGCUACCACUCCACUCAAAAAGCCUGAUCGCGCCCACCCCACCCGCAUCUCUCUGGUCUUCUACCAGCACAAGAACCUCAACCAGCCCAUGCACGGCCUGGCUCUGUGGGAGGCCAAAAUGAAGCUGCUGGCAGAGCGAGCACUGCAGAGGCAGCAGGAAGCAGCUCUUCUUGGCCUCUCCCAGGAUGACAUCAAGGCCCUUGGGAAGAAACGCAAAUGGGGGGCAACGGUGGCAGGUGCCAGUCCAGGACCUGGACAAUCUAAAGACAAGAGGGAAGGGCCGGUGACGCGGUUAGCCCCCACGUUCCACACCACCUCUAUGGUUACUGUGUCUCCCUAUGCCUUCACCCGCCUCACUGGGCCCUACAGCCACUUCGUCUGAGGUCAGACGAUACAAACAGACUAAUAGCUACAGAGUGGUGCAGUGAAGGGCUGGAGAGAGUGAUGAGCAGGAUGAAUGUCUCUCAGCCGUCUCACAGUCUGGCAUCUCUCCAUCCUGCCCCCUCCGCAGUCCACUUGGAGGAGCGGACAUUUUUAUUGUUUUUUACCUCAUGUCAGGCAGUGGUUUGGGCUUCAGACACACUGCCUGUGGUGCUCUUCCUCUCUCUUCCCUGGAGAGGAACUCCAUUGCUUUUUCUUGUUUAUAGAAUUUUAAUGAUUCUAAUUAUUGCUAUUAUUAUCAAUAUUAUUAUGAUUGCUAUUGUUACUGUCAAUGUUGUUAUUACAGGUAUUAUUAUAAUGAAGACUUGUUUGUUUUUUUAUUAUUGCUGUUUUCAUUAAUGUUAUUAAUGAUGUGAUUGUUUUUGGUUAUAUAUUUUUUUAAAUCAAUCAGUCUGAGUCAGUCAGAUUCAAACGAUUUGCUUUUUCCAUGUUUGGAAAACGUGUAACCUGUUUUCUGUUAGAUUCUCUUUGGUCUUGUCAAUUUUCCCGCUGUCCUUAGAGGAGGAGCCGUUAUCUACCUGGCAAGACAGCAAAUCAAUAUUACAGUAAUCUUAUGACUAUAUAAAAAGCUUUUACAGGAGGCUUGCCGUAGAUAUCUAUCUCUAUAUUGACAAUAUGCCUCCAUAAAGGAUAAUUCCAAUUUAUCAUCAAUGUGGGUCUCAAUUUCCUAAAUUUGGCUAUCAUUAGGAUUUUCUUAAAAAAAACUGACUUUGAGUCAGUUUACCAGCACCACUGUAGUCUCAUACACAAGUCACAGUCUACUUUUCUAUUAUUAUAAAUAUUGCCUAUAUAAAUUGUAAAAAAAAAAAAAAAAAUCACCAAAAUCAGUUGUCAAGGCAAUAUAAUGUCCAAAUUAUCAGCUAUCUUUGUGCUGAUACAAUCCACCAUACUAUUUUGAUAGUAUGAAGGAUGUAAAUGAAAACAACUGAAUCCCAUUGUGCUUCCUUGAAACUCCAUGUACACAGCAGGGGAGCAGAGGUUGGCUGACCUCUAAAGUUAAACAAAUCCAAUCAUUCUGAUGCAAAAGGUAGGCAAAUAGUGUCCUACUUAAAAAUAAUAAUCAUUACCCUUUUAACCCAACUGGGGUAAACGUUGCUGCUUCUCUUGUCAUUAGAUGACAUGCUCCUCCUCCUCUUCUACACCCCUCCAGCUCUCGACUGGUGCUCAACUUCCGGUUCUGAUCGAUUUUCAUUCCAGUACUUUUCAUGGCACUUGAUGCUGUACUUAGGUGCUUUAGCUCAAAUCUGGCUCAAGUAGCAUUAGUGAGUAAAUAUUUUUGUUUUAACCCAAGUGGAGUACCAGAAUGAUGGGAAUUUUUGCUUCAAUAUAAAAGUGCAGGAAAUUUGUAAAAGCAAAGUGUUAUUAAUUAUCUUACAAAUGCAUUGUUUUCCUAUGUGGAAAACUGUACAUAUCUGGUAUUCCACAGAGGGUAAAAUCAGUGAUACUAUUCUCAAAUGCCAUUUGACCCAGAUCAGCUAUUACCACAUGUAACAGAUGUAACAGGUGGCACUCUUUAUCUUCCUAUCAUGUUCAAGUAGGGGUGAGCACUUCCCAGUGUAAACUCUAGAGGGCAGCAGUGACUGCCAUUUGAAAGUGGUGUGUACAAACAAACCUACAAGCACUUGAGAUCCACUCAAAAGCCAGUAGAGCAUUGCCUUGCUGCUUUAACCAUCUAUGGCCAGUAGAGGGGAAUCUCACACCCUGUUUGCUGACCAUGGAUGGGCCUCACCAAAGCAGCUUAAGGUAAAUUUGAUAUUUGUCCCAUUGUGGCACAAAUGUGAAUGAAGUCUGCAGAUGCCUUUGGGAAGCCCAUCCAGGGGUAGAGCAGAGGGAAACCGUGUUGGGAUAGCAGUGCUUUUGGUGCUCCUUGACACACUCUGGUGCUCUCCUAUUACACUUGAUUAACUGUGAAGGGCCCACUCCUUCCUCUGCAUGGUGCUGUCAUCUUCGAGCAGAGCAAGGUGUGUCCUUCCGCAGGCACCUUGUCACCACAGAGCCAGCCAAUCAAAGUGGCCGCCCUAUGGUUGCAGUUCUGCCAUUGGGCUCAAGAACUGGUUCCUUUUGAGAUGUUUUUGCAGUUUAUUGUUGCAAAGUGGUUUUGUCUCAAACAAAGUACACUGUACAGGGCAGAGAAAGCACAGUCAUUCAAUGCAUUCUUGGCAACCCAUUCACAGAGAAAACAAUAGUACCCAGAGUUAAAGGGAGAUGUUAGAAAAUUACUGUAGCUUCUGGGAGUUGGCAUCAAAUGCAAAUGCAUUGAGUCAAUGAAUCUCUCACUUUGUGUGUGUGUGUGUCUGUGUGUGUGUGUGUGUGUGUGUGUGUGUGUGUGUGUGUGUGUGUGUGUGUUAGUGUGUGUAUGUCUGAAAAUGACACAAAUGCAUGGGUGCGUGAAAGAGAAUAGCCAAAGAGAGAGACUAUUUGAUAGCCUGGAUAGAGUCCCAUCAAUUACUCAUUUUUAUAUUCUCUCCAUGAACCCUGUGACUGUUUGACUAACUCAGUUCAAAUGGUGACAUGGUUUAUUUGCAACAUGUGAAGAAAAUGAAAAUGAGCAACUAAUAGAACUUGAUACAGGCUAACUCCUGGCUGCUGGGUGGUUGUUUGGGUCAAGGCCCUGGUCAUCUGUGAAAGACCCUGUUACCUCUCCCAAGGGUCUCCAGCUCUCUACCUCACGCUGUAGAGACACUGGUCACAAUCACAACUUGCUACUGAGGGCAGAGAAUCAUGCAUAUGUCCCUUUGUGUGCUCUAGAUCUCCACACUCAUUUUAACCUGCUUUUUUUACUCUUAUUUAUUACUACAUGGUGAUGAUAAUGAUUGUCUUUGAUGUUUUGUUUUUUUUUUCAUCUUUUUUUUUAUAUAGCUAAUACAAAUUGUACAUACAGAAGAAAAGAUUUAUAAAAGCACUUUUAAUCUUGAUUUUAAUGACAAAAAGAAAGAGCCGAUUAUUGACAACUUGAAGCUUAGGGUUUUUUUUUUUUUUUAAUUUUCUCAAGAGAGAGAUAAAAAAAAUGUAAAUAUUAAAAUAUUUAGGUAAGAUUAUUUAACUGGUGAGGAUAGUAACUAAACCAUGAAUGACAUGGGGGUAUUUUGAAGUCUCUGACAGCCCUUAACAACGGUAAACAACACUUCCUAGUGUGUUGUGUGUAAAUGUGUGCUUAGUAACACUGCUGUUUUGCUUUCUUAAGUACUGUACCCCAGCAGCAUUUAACUGACAGAGACCUGUCACUUUCUAAAAACAAAUUCAUCAGCCCAAUAAUUAACAUGAAACCGCAAUUGACUUACUCACCGAUGACUUACUCACCGAUGACUUACUCACUGGUCAAAAUAACUAGAGGGUCCCCCAUGUUGCAAUUGUCUGACCAAAACCUCUGCAAAAGAAUGAAUUGAAGAGUUUUAGAAAAGCCUGUCUACUUGACAACAAUGAUUUUUUUAACAUGUUAAAGCAGGUGCCAAGAACCCAAAAGAAACUCUCUCAUUACAAAGAAAUAUGUCAAAUUUCAAAGUAAGCCUGAAAAAUAUCAAAACUGCAGUUUUGUGAUACGGGACAACAGUGGUCUACUGUCAGUAAGCUAAGGACAAAUCUAAAUAGGUAGACAUAAACCUGAUAUGUGCUGUAUGUUGUUAGAGGAGUUGUCCAGCAAUUUGGGAAAUAUUCACUUAUUCACAGUAAAUAUGAAGCUAGAGCCAGCAGCUAGUUAGCUUAGCUUAGCUUAAAGUCUAGAAAGAGAGGGAAACAGCUAGCCUGGGUCUGUCAAAGGAUAACAUCUACCAGCACCUCAAAAUUUCGCUAGUUAACACAUAACAUACUUCACAAAGUCCUGGCCAAGAAAUAGUUCAGCACAUAACCCCAGUGAAACAAAAAAUUGUCAUUUUUUCAGUUUUAUGCCAAGCUAAGGAUCACACGUGAAAGUGCUAUCAAUCCUCUCAAGUAAGUCUUGGUAAGAAAGCAAAUAAGCAUAUUUCCCAAAAUGUUGAAUCAUUCCUAUGAUAUGAGUAGAGUUUGCCCGUGAUAGCUCAGCCACCAGAACCACGUGUUCUGGAUGUUUAGGAACCUACUGGUAGUUGCAGAGCCAGUCUAAGGUGAAUCAGUGGGCAAUGGUUUAGCAAGUAAUAAAACAACCUUGAUCUUUGUCAGUUGUGUUAGACUAUCAGGCAAGAAACUGCUUCCCUGCUUGUUUAGAUGUAUCUGUCUUAAUUACCUAAUCUAGUUCUCAUAAUAAUAAGUAUGCACUUGGCAUAAAAAUCAUCAUGCCCCUGUGAAGACACCAGGUUUUUAGUUUAUAAUGAUUAUGUGAGACACACACAUCAUUGCUAACAGCAGUUUGAUUGGUGCAGGGGCUGGAACUGGGCCCAUUUUACUUUUUAAUCACGAUGCAUGGCCCACAUUACACACACAUACACAUUUGCCUAAGAAAGGGUGCUGAAGAUAAUGAUGUACAUGAUAUCUUAAUAACUUAAUAACUGUAAAUUUCUAAAUGUCUCACGAGUUUGGUGGAUGGUUCUCAUGUGAGGCGCCACCUCCCAAGCACGUACGAAGAUGGGAGGUUGGUUAGCUGGUGCUAUGAUGAUGCUACACCUUAAAUUCACUGUGUAAAAAAAUGUGAGGGAUAAAUGAUUACCACAAAUAUUUUUCUGAGCUCUUCGAAUGUCAAGAGAACUAUACUUUUGAUUAAAGCAGUUUCACAGGAUAGGAAGCUGCCCAGGUGCUGACUUUACAAAAAGUCUUUUGUUACGCUACAAAUUUACAUCUCUUUUUGAGGGCAGGGGGGCACUCAAACAGUUGAUCACAUUCUCUAUUAAUAUUCAUUCCAUGUUGUACUUGAAGUCAUUUAAACUAGGAUGAGAUAUAGAAUCAUAUAAUAUCAAGACUGUUAUCUGGGGUUCACAUUUGGUACAGUGCAAGUACCAAAGGCUAUUGAAAUUAUCUUUGAGUAUGUUGUAUAUGUUCAUGUUAAAUGAAUGCUAAGAUAUUUGAACAGUACAGGAACAGCAGUUGUGUGCUGCCUCCCUCUUCCUCUCCCUAGUCAUGCACUUCCUUUACUCAACCCCGCUCUUUCUCUUAACACCUUGUAUAUUUUGUCUUUCUCUCUUUCACACACACACAAACAUAGAUAUACAUAGGCAUCUCACUGUGUAUGGCCCACUUUAAGAAGUCUAUGAACACCUAAUUUAAUGAACACUCUCCAAAUUUGAGAUAGAGACUUGGACCCUGGCCCAUACAAAUAAAAAAAGAAGAAGAAAAAAUGAAAAUGAACCUAAACAACUGGCAGCUACAUUCCUUUAUAAGUUAUAGGAUUGGUUCUUUAUUUUUCAUGUCAAGGAUGCAGUAUGUAAAAAAGGUGUUUUUGUUCAGUCUCUCUCUCUCUUUGUAGCUGUAUGGUGUAUUAUGUGAAUACAUAGUGUAUGUGGUAAAAAGCCCACAAUAUUGUUUUAUGUUGCGCGAUAAAUAAAAACAUUGAAGUAAAAACGGA